CCCACAUUUGUGAUGUGAGGAAGAUUACAGAAUUGUGCUCGCUCAGUCCUUUAAAGGUGAAAUUGAGAACAGGAAGGACUACAACUUCCCCCGGCAUUUCUCAUCAGAAUCAAGGGCGUUUGCAGCAGCUCAGUCGGGACGGACAUGGCGUCUGCCAGCUCCUGUGUCGUGAUCAGUGAUGAGGAGCAAGGUUAUGACCUGGACCUCUUCUGUAUACCAAAACAUUAUGCGGCUGACCUGGAGCGGGUGUAUAUUCCACAUGGACUCAUCAUGGACCGAACUGAACGUCUGGCCAGAGAUAUCAUGAAGGACAUGGGCGAGCAUCAUAUUGUGGCUCUGUGUGUGCUCAAAGGGGGCUACAAGUUUUUUGCUGACCUCUUAGAUUACAUCAAAGCCCUUAAUCGCAACAGCGAUCGUUCCAUUCCCAUGACAGUGGACUUCAUCCGCCUCAAGAGUUACCAAAAUGACCAAUCUACAGGUGACAUCAAAGUGAUCGGCGGAGAUGAUCUGUCCACACUCACAGGAAAGAACGUCUUGAUUGUUGAGGACAUCAUUGAUACUGGGAAGACAAUGAAGACCCUGCUAGAACUUCUCAAGCAAUAUAAUCCAAAAAUGGUCAAAGUGGCCAGUUUGCUGGUUAAAAGAACACCAAGGAGUGUUGGCUACAGACCAGACUUCGUAGGAUUUGAGGUUCCUGACAAAUUUGUGGUUGGAUAUGCACUUGACUACAAUGAGUACUUUAGGGAUUUAAAUCACAUCUGUGUCAUCAGUGAAACCGGAAAGGAGAAGUACAAAGCAUGAGAAGCCCUGGACUUCCCCCUCUAACUGUGUAUCAUUUGUUUUUAAUUGAUGUUUUUUUAUUAUUAUAAUUUUAUGUCCAUUUUGUAUUUUUUCAGUUGCACAGCUCACCGCAGGUUAGCAGGUCCUUUGUUCAGGGUCUCUGGUGAGGUGUGUGCUGUCAAUCAAUGCACCUUACAUUUACAUUAGCUUAUACCUCCACAGGCAUCUCACACACACAUUAGUAACCACAAACACUUUGCAGUUCAGUCUCUGAGAACAGAGGUCUCGGGGUUAGACUGCUGCUCUUCAUUACAGUGGGUGUUUUUAACAACCAUUUAUGUAAUGGCCAGAUUCCCUUUGAUUUAUUAUAACCUUUUUUUUUUUUUUUCGUGCAAGAACUUAUGAAUAGGUGUUUAUGAUUUAAGACUAGAUAGAUUAAACAGAUUAUUGAUUUUAGGUUGUCUUGCUUUGCUAUUCAAUAGUGAACAUACAAUAUGUGAAUUUGAGGAGAACAUUCAUGUUUCCCCAAAGACUAUUUGCAACCAUAAUAUGAACACUGUUAUUAUUGAUUAAAAUCAGUGAGUAUUGUGAUACAUGUUAAAUGCUUUUACAUGUGAAUGUACUUUAGCACCAGGGCAACCUGGUUUUCCAAUCAUUUCAAAUUUAUUGACAUUUUAAAGCCAAAUAUCACCCUGUUUUUAUGAUUUUAUUUUUUUGUUAUUUGUAUUUGUUUAAUUUUCUUGUCAAGAUAUUUAUUUGUCCACUUACUGUAGUUUUGGUUACUAAUUAUAUUAAUGAGAUUGAAAUGAAAUGGAGAAAAAAUCUUAUGGUGCCUUGUAUGGUAAUUUGUACGCUACCAUAUAAUAUAUGUUAUGAGAAUGAGUGAAAAACUGAUCUGAAAUGUUCAUGUGACCUCACCAUUGUUCAGUCACC